UGUGUCUGAGUGUGUGUGUGCGUGCGCUAUAUAGGCACGGAUAUAAGUACGAACGUGUAUUCGUGUGGUGUUGUUUUUGUGCUUAUACAUCGAACAACGCUUGGCACUGACGAUUCACGACUCACGACUAACGACUACUACGGAUGCCAUAGUCCGCACUAUGCUUGGAGGAUUUUCGUCUAUAUACACGCGUAUGGGAAAAACGAGUAUUAUUUUUGGGGCGCACGAGACCUCGACCACCAAGUCGGUUGUACGUACGUUUCAUUUAGUGUUGAGCAGUCGCUUUGAACGUUUGUGUAAAAUUUUGUCAGAGCGCUCUUCUCUUCUUCGGUGGUGUACUUUUAUACAUUUUUACUCUUGUGAUUAAUAUUGCUGGCGCUGCUCUUGUUGUUGUUGUUGUGUAUCUAAUAUUUUGCGCUGUACUUGGUACUAGGCGUUCAAAGAACACAAUAACUUACGUAGUAGACUCGCGCUCUCGCGCUGUUUAACUUUGUAUAAUAAUAGUGAGUGUAGAUUUGAAAUUCAAAAAACUACAUAAAUAAAUAACUGUGCGUCGCGCGCGCUUUACUGGAUAUCAAGAUAAUUCAGAAAGUAAUCAUUGAUUAGCACAAAACAUAUUUACGAGCAUAGAAAGUGUUUCUUAAAAUAAUCAUAUCGCAAACGGAGGUCAGAGCGUCAAGACCGCGCGAAUAUAUACAGACAUUCUAUAGCUGCAGUUAUCUUGUGUUGGGGCCUAUCAGCGGUGUCCGAAGGAGAUUGUGUACCCAAACCUGAUAUUUCUAUCGCACGCAUACGCAAACCGGUGCAUUAAGUGUACGUGUAUAACGGUCACGCAGAAAAUCAAAAACAAAAGAGAGCGCCGCGCCGAGUGUUUACGAGUCAGUCGAACAAGUGUUGGACAAGAGACGGGGUCUUGAGAAUUGCGCACACAAGUUCAGCUGUUCUAUAACGGAUUUCAAAAAUUUGAGGAAAAACGUAUAAAAUUCGAAAGCAGAAAAUCAGUAAAGCGAAGCGAAUUAUUAAACUUAAAAACAAUAAUAUAAAAUAAAAAUAUAAAAACAAAAUGCCAACUAUAAGACGUUGUUGCAUCGUGGGAUGCCUUUCAAAUUCACGUCAGAGCCCACAAUUGCAGUUCUUUCAAUUUCCACGCCCAGAAAACCCGUUCUACGCCCUCUGGAAACAGGCCUGUCAUGCCUCGCUCAAUCGCAUACUGCCCUUCAAAAAGCCAGUUGUAUGCGCACUACACUUUCAUCCAAAUCUUAUAGGCGGCCGACGUCUAACUUCAUCAGCAGUGCCAUCGCUACGCCUUGAUGUACCAAAUGAUCUGAAAGCUGUCGAACAACAAGCCAUGGUUGAGGAAAUCGAAAGAAGUCGUAAAUGUGCAUACAUCAAUGCUGUUGUUUAUGAAUGGUUGGUGCGUGCCAAUCUGAAUCCACAACUUCGCGGUUCUAUAACACACGGUAUGAUUAAGGAAAAGGCAGCUACAGCGGGUCAACUUGUUGGUUCGACAUCAUUUGUCGCCGACAAUCGUUGGUUAAAUAGAUUCCGUGAGACACACUUGAGUGGCUUUGCGCAGAAAUUGGCUAGCAAUCAAUUGAAGCCACUCGGUGUAUCUUUAUGGAUUCCUGAUAUUGUGCAAGAUCUACAGCAUCUAUUUCCACCAACUAGCGCUGAACGUGUUGCUAAAUUGGAGAGUCUGCCUGAACAAUAUAUGGAUUAUAUGCAACAGUAUGGUGAAUAUGAAGAAGAAGACGAUCAAGAUUCACAGGGUGCGUCACUAAAAGAUCAACAACAGAGUCAUGCUGGGUAUGAUGCAUACGGUCAACCGUUGCCAAAUUACAAUGGUGGUUAUGAAGGCUACGAAGGAUACUACGAUCGACAAAAUCAACAUAGUAACUACAGUUCGCCACAGCCACAACGCCCUGCCUCGAAUUCGCCACCACUACAACAGCUACAGAAAUUAGCCUCUCCAGCAUAUCGUGCCAGCCCAGUACAGCAACCGCCCGCAAAACGUGCUCGGUCUAGUGAUGAUGAGGUCAGCGAAACAACAACAAAUGGUCAUAAUGUAACCGACUUGACGAGUGAUUGCGAAGCGAAUGAUUGCGAUAUUAAACCAAUUAAACUCAAUGGCACACCGACACCGAAUGGUACUAAUGGCCACACACCAGCCACUUCGCCGAAACCCACAAUGAAUGGCACUACGAAUGGUGGCACAAAUGGUAAUACAAACGGCAUUAGCAAAGUCAUGGAUACCGAGCUCACAUCCUACGCACAGGCACUCGAGCACCUUAAACCUUUGGAGGAGUUCGCGCUGACAAUGGAAAAUUUCCGCGCCAUAGGAUUAAUAUCACAAUUAGAGGUGAUUUUACGAAAAUGUGAGAAUAAACAAUUGGCGGCAGCUUUGAAAUAAGAGGAGCAUUCUUCAACUAUCGAAGACGUGAUUAGAGAACAGAGGCGAUUAAAGGAAUUAGAAGUUAAUUCCCAAUAUGUUGAUGUGAUUUAGUUUUUGUAAAUAAUUUGUAAAAUUCUUUAGUAUUAUUAGAGAAUAUAUGUGCUCAAUUAACGUUUAAUUGAUGCAUUAUUUGAUUUUUAUAAGUAAAUUAAUAUCUAAAACAUAGAAGUAAAUGUGUAUAAAAAUGUAAAGAUACUUUAUUUAAUACUUAACUAAAAAUACGGAAUAUGUCGACGUUAAGGAGUUUUAUUUAUUAUACAAAUAAAAAUGUUUCCAAAUAUCAUAAGAAGAAAA